GUCAAAUUUUAUGGAUAAAUAAAUUAUUAUAAAAUAAAUAUUUUCCAAUAGAAACGAAAUUUAAAAGCUGAUAUGCCGACCGAUUUGAAACAAACUGACGAAGACUCCUUGUUUAGUCUAGUCAAUGUAUCACUUCUACUCGUUGCUAUUGUCCUAUUAUAUGUAUUUGCUGUUUUUUUUUGUCUAAUUAAAGGAAUUCUUUCUAAGCGAAGCUCUCGACAUAAUAAGGAACUAAAAAAUUCUCUCUAUAUGUCUUUUUUACAAAACCCUACUUUCGACAAUUUUCGCCGAAGAACAAUUCGUGAGGAAGCAGUGGAUAUUGUUUGGGCGGCUAUUGGAUUUGUAGUGACUGGCGCAUUUCUAAUAGCUUUAGUUGGAGUAUCUAUUUUCUUGAUUAAUAUGCUGCCAAGUAUUGUAGAGUUCGUUCAUACUUCAAGUGAAAAAGGAUAUUAUUGGUCGUUAGACGCAUAUGAUAUAAGCAAAGAGACAAUAUCAAAAUGGUGGGACGAAUUAAAUGCAAAAUUUAAAGAAGAAAAAACUGACUGAACUAUUUAAAAUGCACUACUUCUUUAAGAGAUGUGUGACAUAUGUAUAAAUUGUCAAGGAGUCAUUGAAAAUUUUUUAUCAUAUCACUGAUUAUUCUAUUGCUAAUAUAUUUGUUUAAAAAAUUGUGAGAAAUCAUUAUAAUGCUUUCUGGAGACGAUGUUUUUCUAAAAAAUAAUAUAAAUUUACUGUAUAAAGACAAA